GAGCUGGUGGCGGCAGGAGCAGCCCCGGCGGCGGGACGAGUGCCUGGCAACUGGGACAGAGCCUACUUGGUGCCGAAUACUUUGGUGGACAAGAUACUGAACACCUGGUUCUCAGAGAUGGGCUCUCCAUAGUGCUUUGGUUAUGAAGAAAGAAGGACCACUGAAUUGUUGUUUUGCAAUGGAGAAGACAGAGGGAGAAACACCAGCACUGUGGAUCCCACCUUGUUGCUUGUCUCCCUGCAGACAUGUGUUCCAAAUCCUCUCUGCGUUGUAUUAAGGAAAGGGAAAGCUUAGACGUUGCGACAUCUGCUUUCUUACAUCAUCUUUUUCAAUUUUGCAUGCUAUAACCCCCUGGUGAAAAGAGGAACAAUGACUUUAUAUAGCUGCUGCUUGAUUCUUUUGCUAUUUACCUGGAGCACCGCUGCCUAUGGGCCAAACCAACGGGCACAGAAGAAGGGAGACAUUAUUCUUGGAGGAUUGUUCCCCAUUCAUUUUGGAGUGGCUGCUAAAGACCAGGAUCUAAAAUCAAGACCAGAAUCAGUAGAAUGUAUAAGGUAUAAUUUCCGAGGCUUCCGCUGGCUCCAGGCUAUGAUCUUUGCCAUAGAAGAAAUAAACAGUAGCCCAACUCUCCUUCCCAACAUGACCCUGGGAUACAGGAUAUUUGACACUUGCAAUACAGUCUCUAAAGCCCUGGAGGCCACACUGAGUUUUGUGGCCCAGAACAAGAUAGACUCCUUGAACUUGGAUGAAUUCUGCAACUGCUCAGAACAUAUCCCUUCCACCAUUGCAGUCGUGGGGGCAACCGGCUCUGGCAUCUCUACCGCUGUGGCCAAUCUGCUGGGACUCUUUUACAUACCUCAGGUCAGCUAUGCCUCCUCUAGUCGUCUCUUGAGCAAUAAGAACCAGUUCAAGUCCUUCCUCCGCACAAUCCCCAAUGACGAGCAUCAGGCCACGGCAAUGGCAGACAUCAUCGAGUACUUUCGCUGGAACUGGGUAGGAACAAUUGCAGCUGACGAUGACUAUGGCCGGCCAGGGAUUGAAAAGUUUCGGGAGGAGGCGGAGGAGAGGGAUAUCUGCAUUGAUUUUAGUGAGCUCAUCUCCCAGUACUCGGAUGAAGAGGAGAUCCAGCAAGUGGUAGAGGUCAUCCAAAACUCCACAGCAAGGGUGAUUGUUGUCUUCUCCAGUGGCCCAGACCUGGAGCCUCUCAUCAAAGAGAUUGUCAGGCGAAACAUCACUGGCAAGAUCUGGCUGGCGAGCGAGGCCUGGGCCAGCUCUUCCCUAAUAGCCAUGCCAGAGUUCUUCCGUGUCAUUGGCAGCACCAUUGGGUUUGCACUGAAGGCAGGACAGAUCCCAGGCUUCCGUGAGUUUCUGCAGAAGGUGCAUCCCAAGAAGUCUACCAACAACGGCUUUGCCAAGGAGUUUUGGGAGGAGACAUUUAACUGCUAUCUCCCCGAUGGGUCUAAAAAUUCUCCAGCUUCAACGUCCUUCCACAAGGGCCAUGAAGAGGGACUGGGAGCUGGAAAUGGAACGGCUGCCUUCCGACCUCCGUGUACAGGGGAUGAGAACAUCACCAGUGUGGAAACACCAUACAUGGACUAUACACACUUGCGGAUAUCCUAUAAUGUGUAUUUGGCAGUGUACUCUAUUGCCCAUGCCUUGCAGGAUAUAUAUACCUGCACCCCUGGGAAGGGACUCUUCACUAACGGAUCCUGUGCAGACAUUAAGAAGGUUGAGGCGUGGCAGGUUCUCAAGCAUCUGCGACACUUAAAUUUCACCAAUAACAUGGGGGAGCAAGUGGAUUUCGAUGAGUUUGGGGACCUGGUAGGGAAUUACUCAAUAAUCAAUUGGCAUCUCUCUCCGGAGGAUGGCUCAGUCGUCUUUGAAGAGGUUGGACACUACAACGUUUAUGCCAAGAAAGGGGAGAGGCUGUUCAUCAAUGAAAACAAGAUCCUGUGGAGUGGAUUCUCUAAGGAGGUGCCUUUUUCUAACUGCAGCAGGGACUGCCUCCCAGGUACCAGGAAAGGAAUUAUUGAGGGAGAGCCCACCUGCUGCUUCGAGUGCGUGGACUGCCCCGACGGGGAGUACAGUGAUGAAACAGAUGCAAGUGCCUGUGACAAGUGCCCUGAGGAUUACUGGUCCAAUGAGAACCACACAUCCUGCAUCCCCAAGCAGAUAGAGUUUCUGUCCUGGACUGAGCCCUUUGGGAUUGCUCUGACUCUCUUUGCUGUGCUGGGAAUUUUCCUGACUUCUUUUGUCCUGGGAGUCUUCACCAAAUUUCGUAACACGCCCAUCGUCAAGGCCACAAACCGGGAGUUGUCCUACCUCCUCCUCUUCUCCUUGCUCUGCUGCUUCUCCAGCUCAUUGUUCUUCAUUGGCGAGCCCCAGAAUUGGACUUGCCGUCUGCGGCAGCCAGCUUUUGGCAUCAGCUUUGUCCUCUGCAUCUCCUGCAUCCUGGUGAAAACCAACCGUGUCCUGCUUGUCUUUGAGGCAAAGAUCCCCACAAGCCUCCACCGAAAGUGGUGGGGCCUCAACCUCCAGUUCCUCCUCGUCUUCUUGUGCACAUUCGUGCAGAUUGUCAUCUGUGUGAUUUGGCUCUACACAGCCCCGCCAUCCAGUUACCGAAACCAUGAACUGGAGGAUGAGAUUAUCUUCAUCACCUGCCAUGAAGGCUCCCUGAUGGCCCUCGGCUUCCUCAUUGGCUAUACCUGCCUCCUGGCAGCCAUCUGCUUCUUCUUUGCCUUCAAGUCUCGAAAGCUGCCUGAGAAUUUCAACGAGGCCAAGUUCAUCACGUUCAGCAUGCUGAUAUUCUUCAUCGUGUGGAUCUCCUUCAUCCCUGCGUACGCCAGCACAUACGGCAAGUUCGUCUCUGCCGUGGAGGUAAUUGCGAUACUGGCUGCCAGCUUCGGGCUCCUGGCCUGCAUCUUCUUCAACAAAGUCUACAUCAUCCUCUUCAAGCCCUCCCGCAACACAAUCGAGGAGGUACGCUGCAGCACAGCUGCCCACGCGUUCAAGGUGGCUGCCAGGGCCACGCUGAGACGGAGCAACGUGUCCCGCAAGCGCUCCAACAGCCUGGGGGGCUCCACCGGCUCCACCCCUUCCUCCUCCAUCAGCAGCAAGAGCAACCAUGAGGACCCUUUUCCUCUCCCAGCCUCUGCCGAGCGGCAGCGCCAGCAGCAGCGUGGGUGCAAGCAAAAAGUCAGCUUCGGGAGCGGCACGGUCACCCUGUCACUGAGCUUUGAGGAGCCGCAAAAGAACGCCGUGGCCAACAGGAACGCCAAGCACAGGAACUCCCUGGAGGCCCAGAACAGCGACGACAGCCUGAUGCGGCACCGGGCCCUGCUUCCCCUGCAGAACAGCGAGCCCCUCAGCGCCGAGCCGGCUUUCCAGGCACCUUCCAGCCCAGAGACCAGCUCGCAGGAAUCAGUUGUGGGAGACGCCAAAGAAGAGGUACCAAGCCCUGAGGCAGAGCCUUCCCUGCCAUCAGCUAACUCCAGAAAUUUUAUAGGCGCUGGAGGUGGCUCUGUCACAGAGAACACGGUACGUUCCUAACGAAAGAAGAUUGUGAAAAGCACACCAGCCCCCAAGAGGAACUUGCUCACCUCUUGCUUCUGAAUGGGAAAACCACCAAAGACACACUCCUGUGACACAGCCCCAGCAGACCUUACUGUUAGUGCCGGCAGGGUGACACAUGUGCCUCCAGAGGAAGGACUGUGUCUGGGGAGCCUUGGACUGAAUUUGCAUUUGCAUUGCUGAGACCAGGGCAUCUCAGAAGGACAAGUGAAGAUCACUAUUGGUGGGGCUUAAGCAGAAGUCUGCAUGCUGCCUUGCCUCCAUAAGCUUUUCCUGCCAGACUGCAACUCAGCUGACUAUGGGAGGCACUGGGCAAUUCCACUAUCCUCUGCUUUUACAUUUAUGUAUAAUAUUCCUCUUUCCCACUAUGUAUAAUAUGCCCUCUUUAUCAAGUAUAUGUGAUCUGUAACCAUGUGCAUCAGGACUCUCAGCUCUACAAAAGCAAGGUACACGGUUUCACUUGGGGAAAGCAUGGUCGUGGGGAAAAUAAAGAAGCCCCCAACAUCCUG